AUGGCGAACAGCAGAGUUGAGGAUGCCAAGGAGUGCCCGGGUUGCGACGGUAUCUCCAACCCGCCGAAUGCAACUCCCAUUGAGGAUCUAGAGGAACUCAAACAGGUGGAAUGGCUAUAUUACCAGUCGGAGCUUCCAAAGUGGGCUCGGCGAACAGACCCGGCAAGGUCAAUGGAGCUCAAUGACAUGGCUCUUUUUCGUCAAGAUUGGCAAGAGGCCGACCGCAUUUCUCUCUAUGCCAUCUUAGACCGGUUCGUGCUUGGAUUUGGCUUCCAAGCCUUUGCUCUGGCUAGCCUGCUUGCAUCAUUUGGCCCCCCAUGCCACCCGAUACCUCACUGGGCUCUCCACGCUAUACCAUCACCACCCUGCUGUGGUGCCACCAAAACUCGUUUGCACGACUCUAUGCUUAGCUGCGUCACAGAGACACACUACGCCAAGAGUUGGGGCGGACAGCCUCGGCAUUCAACCCCCAAACACAAAUUUCGCGAGGUGACAUACAUGGCGGAAGUCAAUGCUCGACGCCGCCAUGUGCAGCCGUGCGGACCCAUCAAGCUUCAUUUCGCUUUUCGGCGUGCCAUUGAUGAAUUCUUUCACGGCAGGCCCGUUGAGGGGGAUGACCAAGCGCAGAGCAGCGAUGAUGCUGACAGCCCUUUGGCUGUGCAGCGACGCGAUUCGACUCGCAAUUGUGUUGUCAAGCCUGCUGUUUCAAGGCAACAGCACGGCAAUGUCUUGCUGCUGUCGUCCGAUUCCGAGUCUGAGUCCAAUGCCCCACAAGUCAGGCCGGCCCCUUCAGCCCAUCCCGUCGCGCCUGUGUCCACAUCUGCAGCUGUGGAUCCCAUGGACUCUGAUCAGCGCUCGGCAAGCUUGUCAGUGCCAUGCGCAGUCGCAUUGGUUCCUUCCAAGCUCGGUGACCUUGAAACCCUGAUCUCACAGCUCCUUGAUGACGAGCUUGAAUCUGAGACCGAGCAAAAGGCUAGUCACGAACCCAAAGUGAGCCGGCUAGUGCUUGAUCUUGCUCGCCGAAAGAAGCUGCAGCCGCGCAGUCAAACUUCAAGGCGUGACACUCCCAGGAGCCGUGUUUCGGAGGAGAGCGGUCGUGCGUCGCUACGGCUGGAUAUGGAUUCUUUGCCCGACGCGCCAGGUGCGGCUGCUUCGACGCUGCCAUCUGUCAAUGGCGUCCAACUCCCAUCCAUAGAGGUGCACACUGGGGCAUCUUCAAAGCUGGAUGCCGAUGACUCGGAGGCAGAUAGCGAGCAUGACAGCGACGAUGCCAUGCUUGAGUUUGGCGAGAUUGAUGAGCCUGAGGCCAUGACGCUCUGA